AUGUUUCAAAACCCCGUGCACAAGGCGUGGCAGAAGCAGUCUGCUCUCAAGGCCGAGGCAGAGGCGCAUGCUGCAAGCGCCCUGAGGGCUGCAGCCAAGCUUUCGGACGUGCUCACCGAUUCGCUCAACGAGGAGGUUCGCGAGAUCUACGAGACCCAGAAGCUGCUUGAGACGGAGUCUCAGCUGCUUCGCCGCGAGCUGUCAGAGGCGCGCGCGACCCUGACCGCCUGGCAGGCCAAGCUGCGCGUGCUGCAGGAGGGCCUCAAGGGCGCGGGGGACCUGGAGCACUACGCAGAGUACCUGGCCAGGGAGGCCGCACUGGUGGCGCGCGCCAGCGCAGAAAAGGGCCUGCUGGGGGGCGCAGGACGCGCGGCGGCGGCAGUCGCCUCGUCGGGUGCUGCUAUUAGCGGCGGCGGCGGCGAUUCCGGGGCAGCGGGACAGGCAAGCAGCGCCAUCGUCGUUGGUGACGCCGCGGUGGACGAGCAGGCGAGUGCUUUGCUGCCUCUCAGCUCCCAUCUGCCGUUGUCGCGUGGCGCCAGCAGAUGA